GGCCGCAGGGGCGAUGCUGCUCGGUGGAGCGGGUAAUGCGUGGGGUGGGGGUCGAUCAGGGCUUGGGUCUGCAGGUCCCUGAGCCUCCGAGGGAGGAGGCCCCUGAGAUCGGUUCGUGCCUCCGUUUACCCCGCCGCUUUGCCAGCGAGCGCGCCCGUCGCAGCGAACUCCCGGCAGCGCCCCGGAAAGGCCGUUCCGCCCCCGCGAGGGAAACAGAGCCGUUGACCAUGGUUGCAACUGGCAGUUUGAGCAGUAAGAACCCGGCCUGCAUUUCAGAGUUGCUAGAGCAUGACUUCCACCCGGGGAGCCUGCUAAAUGAUUUCGACUACUGGGAUUAUGUUGUUCCUGAACCCAACCUCAAUGAGGUGAUGUUUGAGGAGACAACUUGCCAGAGUUUGGCGAAAAUGCUGGAGAACUGUCUGUCCAAAUCAAAGCAAACCAAACUUGGUUGCUCAAAAGUCCUUGUCCCUGAGAAACUGACCCAGAGGAUUGCUCAGGAUGUCCUACGGCUGUCCUCCACGGAGCCCUGCGGCCUGCGAGGUUGCGUUAUGCACGUAAACUUGGAAGUUGAAAACGUAUGUAAAAAGCUGGAUAAAAUUGUGUGUGAUUCAAGCGUGGUGCCCACUUUCGAGCUCACCCUUGUGUUUAAGCAGGAGAACGGCUCCUGGACUAGCUUCAGGGACUUUUUCUUCAGCCGAGGUCGCUUCUCAUCUGGCCUCAGGCGAACUCUGAUCCUGAGUUCAGGAUUCCGACUUGUGAAGAAAAAGCUUUACUCCUUGAUUGGAACCACAGUCAUUGAAGAGUGCUGAAAAGGAAAGAUUUUAAAGGUCCUUUUUAUGAUUGGGUCAUAAAACUGCACAGUUGCCCUGUGAGAGUCAUUUUAGUCACUCUGCCUGCUCUCAACGAGAAACCCCAAAUUGAGUCAUCUCCCUUCCAGGCUUCACAUUUACAGCAACCCAACUAAAAGGCUGAGUUCAUGGCUUUUGAGAAAGGACCUGAAAAAGUGUAUUUUUUUUUUUUUUUUUUUUUUGCCUAUAUCCCAUGUUUUUACAAAAUGGCAUGGAAUAAAAGAAGCAGUCCACCUUAGUUUUAUAUUUGACCUCGCUUUUUCCAGGUUGUCUUGCUAAAUAGACUAUACACCAAAUGUGCCUAAUUAGAUUUUCCUAUGGCUUUUUUUUUCUGUAUGUUUUCAGAGUAAUCCUUUCAGUCAGAAACGUCAUGAUGCUUAGCCCGUCGAAACUUCCAGAAGCCCGCACCACUUUCCUGCCCCUACUCAGAUAAGAAGCGUUCUCAGACUGGAGGGUAGAAUGUAGUGGGUGAGUGUAAUUAAAACUUCACCCCGUGCAAGAGUGAAUAAGAAAUGUCACAGCAAGAACAUAGCUACUUCACUGUUUCUUGGCAUCCUCUCUAUGCUUCCGUUUUAGAGGUGGCAAAAGCGUGUAUUGUCAUUUCAGUAACCACAGUAUUGUUUAAAAUAACUUUAUGAUACAAUACAAGCUCCCUUUUUCUAGUUCUCAAGUAUUGAAUGUUAUGUUUAAGCUAAAAAAGUGAAAAGUGUUCAACGGAUUUUUUUGCAUAUAGUUGAUCACUCUUCCCCUGAGGGCAUGGUGAAUGUGUAUGGGAAUGGGAAGUGAGUUCUCAGAUCCACUUCCUUUCUCAUUCACUUGAUAAUCUAGCUUCUGAUUUUCAUCAUCACGUAUACUUAACCUCAGAUGAAGCAUCUCACCCAGUCAGUGUCAUCUGGCUCUGGCCUCUCCUGGGAACUGAGGUGUUUCUCCUUAGCCUGAAUCUUCCAAGGAGAUAAUAGGUGCCUGCUACCACUUUUCAUGAUCAACAUGGGCCUAUUUAUGAAGUCUGCUCUGGCUGUGGAUAUCUGGUGUAUAGUACAGACUAGGGAAUGAAAAUCAUGGUCUAGAUAACCAGUUUUCUUCAGCCUUGGAUACAUGUCCCUAGGGAACAAGAAAGGCCUGAUUUUUUUUCUCGUUCCUCCUAGCUAGGUCCUUAGCCAUUCUUGUUUUAUGUUAAUGAGAGAAUGUAGCCUUACACUAUUCAGCAAGGCCCUCACAUUUUUGCUGUAAAUCAGCAAAAGGAGCUCAGUCAGGUCUCCUGCCCAAAUUAUUAGUACCACUUUACGUGCCUGAAGCCAGGGUUGUAGGGACAAAUGUCUUCAUCCUGGUGUUGCUCAAAAGCGGGUGUGAUCCUGUUAUGGAUCCCAUACGUGACCUAAAAGUUCACUAUUCAAAUCAGCAAGCAGUCUAACAAAUCCAACUCUUCAUGUGUUUGAGAAGAUACCGCAAAGCCGGUCCUUAUAGGACUGGGCCCGGAGCAGUCAGCCUCGUUUGCAUGUCUGUUACUCUUGGGCUCUAAAGGUCACCGUGAUUCUGUGGGCCUGGCUUCUCUGGCUUGGAUGUAGAACCAUUGUCCUUCUCCCACUAACAGUUGUCGUUGACUCUUGUCUUUUGUGCUCACAAAAUGGUGAUGGCUUAUGGAGAUUCCUAAAUUAAUAUUCCUGUUAAAGGAAAUUACAGUUUGUCUAUUUUUGACAAUAAAGCAUCAUAUAUUUUUAA